AUGGAAGAGAUUGAGACAUUAAAAGCGGAGUAUUACCAUGAAAAACAAAAGCAUGUCAAAUACACAGCCCGUCUUAGCAAGGAGCAAAGCAAAGCCGAUACGCUCACAAAGCUCGGCAAGCUACAGCGAAGACGACGCAAGCAAAAGCGAUUAGUGAAGGAGGCCAAGAACGAAAUAGGCAGUCUGCAGUCUCAACUGAAACAGGUAGAAGAUGAUUUGGAUAUCGUCGCCAAGCAAAAUGAGAGUAUUCUGGCCUGUAUUCAGGCGAUUGCUGAACGCCUGGAAAAGGAGAAGAUUGUGCAAACUGAAGCCAAAAGGCCACUCGAUGAAGACCUACCCGCUCUGGAUAAGUCAUUGUGUGUCCAAAAGAAGAAGAAGAAAAAGCACAAGAAGAAGAAGGUGGAAGAAUCACGGGGUUGCGAGCCUACUCUUCCAUGUGCUCGACAACGACCAACCUAUCUGCUCAACAGGAUGCAGGAAUACAUUGAGCUUCAAUGCACGACAUCUGCAGGCCAAGAGCUACUGGAUCGACGACAAAGAUUUUCCCAUGCCAGCGAGUUCUCGGCAAAAGAGCUCUCCGUGCGUAGUGCACGGUCUUGUCAUCGUCACGGGAGACACCAUCGGGUCAAGCCGUCCUAA